AUGAGCGGACCCUACGAACAACAAGCACUUAGUCAAGCUCCCGGUUUCUUUCCUGGCCAAGUUGCCGGUCAGACAGCUGGUUACUAUCCUGCCCAAGCUGGCGGUCAGACAGCUGGUUAUUAUCCUACCCAAAUGCCCGGUCAAACUGUAACUCAACAGACAGUAUACCGAACGACAGAUGUUCCUCAUGGUGAGCAUGCAAAACCAAGUGGUUCAUCAUCAUCAAGUGGUUCGUAUGUUGCCAAUAAUAGAGGCAAUGUUGCUUUUACUGCAGCUCCAGUGGGUGAAGUACCAUUUUAUGGAGGACAAGUCAAUGGAUCCUAUGAUACAAGUUAUAGUGGUCAACGACGUCAAGGACGUUAUCGACGACAAGUUAUUCGAUUGCCUGAAACAAUGCAGGGACAUGUACGACAAGUGCGACACCGUUUACCAACCCCAGAACCUGAUGUACUUGAACGAGUUUAUAUUCAACGUGCAGCUGCUGAAGUUGUAGAAGAAAUUACAGAAGUUCCGACAACACCACCACCACGUCUUCAAGAACGAAAUGUUAUCGAACCAGCUGGACCACCUCAAGUAAUUAGAAAAACUAUUCGUGUACCACCACGAAGCGGUGGUUAUACUACUGUAGGUCAAGGUAUCGGCGGUUUCUCGAGCACAGGAAGCUUUACUAAUUUACAACCUAGUUAUGGUGGCUUUCAGCACUUUGGUGGUUUUGAGGGAUUCCAACCAGGUGGCUUUACUGGAGGAGCUACCAAUUUCGGUGGCUUUACUGGAGGAGCUACCAAUUUCGGUGGCUUUACUGGAGGAGCUACCAAUUUCGGUGGCUUUACUGGAGGAGCUACCAAUUUUGGUGGUUUUGGUUCAUUUGGUUCAGGACUUCAACAACCAAACUUUGGUCUCGGUGGUUUUCAAUCUCAAGGAUUAUUACCAGCAAGUGGAUUUCCCGGUGCUAACUGCUUUUAUGUUUAA